AUGAGGGAUAUUGAGGAAGUGGGUACUGAGAAUCAAUUGAAGCACGCAAAACAAUUUCAGGAAAGGGAGAAUGUCAGUUCAAAUGGUGUAGGAAAUCCCGUAAAAGUCAUCCGCAAUCCCGAAAAUGUUGUCAGUCUCGAGAAAUUCAUGGACCUACUCAAUUCCGUAGAGGAGAUACCGGAUAUAACCAAAUCUGAAAAAUCGCUGAAAAAAGCUGAAUCGAAGGAAUUAAACUGGACUCGCUCCGAAACCUCCAGAGCUUCUACGACGCCCCAUGCCAAAGCUUCCACUACGCCAGCCCAUGUUGAUAAGAAGCGUCCAAAGCUGAAUGUUACACGAACCAUUCAGACAACAACGGAAGCUGCGACGAACCGUCAGUCGGACGGAGGUCGACUCUGA